UUGACUAAACCAAGUAAAUAACAAACAAAUCUCCAAUGCAGAGGCUUUGGUAGUUUCAGCCGAGUUGGGAUCCUCUCUUUAACGUGUCUCCUUCAUUUCCUAGUGGCAACGGCUGAAUCCCUUCAGUUACUACUGUUCUGAUUUUAUUAUUGUUAUCAUUACUUUUUGAGCAUUGAGAACUGUGCUAUUGUAGGUUUUACUGUACAAUUUCUUAGGCCUUGUGUCCUCUGUUCUCUCUAUUUAUCUCUCUCUGCUACUCUACACUUCCUUCACUAGCUUUGCUGUAUAGAUUUGGAUGAGAGAGUUCAGAUUUCUCAAUUUCCCUCUUUGAUUCAUUCUCUUUGGACCUUUCUUUCUCAAUUAUCAACUGGGUUUUUGAGAAGAAUGAUUGAUUUCAGGAAGUACCCAUUUGGAUUUUUCUCAUGAUCUCUAACCUCCAAACUUGUUCUUUUAUUCCUCUGUUUUUUGACACUUUUGGGUCACUAUUCUUCAUCCAACAUUUAUCCUGAGACCUCCAUGAACACCAAAACCAUCUUUUUUUAGUCCAACAGAGAAAAACCAAUCAACCCAUAUGGUUCACUCAUAAGAAAGUUGAUCUUGAUAGAACCCAAUCUUUCCCAUUGUGGACUCCACUGUUUUUGCCCUGUUUUGAGUCUUUUGACUCUGUUUUUAGUCAUUUUUGUUUUUGGGUUUGGUUGAGUUCAGUAUUAAAUCAUCCAUGAAGGGUUUCAACAACACAAGUGAAGCUAUUUUUGUUAUCUUUAUGCUUUGUUUGGGUGUUUGGUGUAAUGGAGAAGCAGAAACUGAAGUAGCACCAAUGGAGAAAACAGAGAAAGAAGCUCUGUACUCUACUAUUCAGGGUUUUGUGGGUAAUUGGUGGAAUGGUUCAGAUCUUUAUCCAGAUCCUUGUGGUUGGACUCCUAUACAGGGUGUCUCUUGUGACCUCUUUGAUGGCUCUUGGUAUGUCACUGCCUUAAACAUUGGACCCAUUCAAGACAACUCUUUGUCUUGUGUCCCAAAUGUCGAAUUCAGACUAGAUUUAUUCGUGCUUACACACCUAAAAUCUCUGCUAAUCUUCAAUUGCUUCAUUUCACCCCGCCACCACCCCAUUCCAAUCCCAAAUGGCAACUGGAAAGUUCUUGCUGCCAGCUUAGAGUCACUCGAAUUCAGAUCAAACCCAGGUCUCAUCGGUCAAAUUCCCAUUGCUUUCGGUGACCUCAGAAAUCUCCGUUCACUGGUGCUACUAGACAAUGGAUUAGCAGGCGAAUUACCAUCAAAUAUCGGCAACUUAAUCAAAUUGAGGAGGUUAGUCAUAUCCAGAAAUAGAUUUAGAGGUCAAAUCCCAUAUUCUUUUGGUUGGUUAACUGAACUCUUAAUCCUUGACUUUAGUGAAAAUUCACUAUCUGGGCAAUUGGCACCGAGUUUUGGAGGGCUGACUUCAUUGUUGAAGCUUGAUUUGAGCAACAAUCAAUUAGAGGGAAAAAUUCCAACUGAAAUUGGCAAUCUAAACAACCUAACACUACUUGAUCUUAGUAACAACAAGUUCUCAAAUGGGUUGACUAAGUCACUUCAAGAUUUGUGUUCUUUAGAAGAGUUGGUCUUGUCAAACAAUCCAAUAGGAGGAGACCUAUGGAGUGUGGAGUGGCACAAGCUGCAAAGCCUAGUCAUGUUAGAUCUGUCCAAUGUGGGCUUGACAGGUGGAGUUCCUGAGACUAUGGCAGGGUUAAAGAGGCUGAGGUUUUUGGGUCUUAAUGACAACAAGCUCACAGGCAAUAUCUCCCCAAAGCUUGAAGCUUUGCCCAAUGUUAGUGCACUGUACCUAAAUGGUAACAAUCUGACAGGUGAGCUUGAAUUCUCUGAAUGGUUUUAUGGGAAAAUGGGUAGGAGAUUUGGGGCUUGGAACAACCCUAAUCUUUGUUACCCAAAUGGGUUGGUGCCAACUAGGCAUGUUCCUAUUGGGGUAAGGCCAUGUCGGCAAGAGGUUAGGCUCUAUGGGUUUGAUGAUAUUGAUGGAAAAUCCCAAUUGGGUAAUGGAAGUAAUUUGAAUCAGAAUACCCAAUUCAUGGCCUCUUUGGGAUUUGCAAGGUAUGGUGUUGAUGGGCCUUGGUGUGCUUUUGCGGUGGAGACAUUGAUGAUUGUUCUAGUCUUGGAAUUUUCCCUAUAAAAGUUUACUUGGAAGAUGAUAGCUAGAUGUCCAGAAGAUUACCCGUUGCUUUGAAAUGUAAAAGCAUCUUCUUCUUCUUCUUCCUUUUUUUUUGUUAAAAAAAAAAAAAAAAAAUUGUGUUUUAAAAUCUCUAAUAUCAAACUGACAUCAAGCUAAUUUCUACAGUGUAAUGUAUCAUAUCAUGCUCAAUUUCGGAGAAA